AUGGCCGAUUUUAGGCAAUGGGCUCUUGAGUUUGUUCUUGCCGAUGACGAGGGGCAACAAACGGCGAUAGCUCAGAAAGCUGCCAACGAAAUUCAAACUGCGCCUGCCAACACCAACCCUGUGGCACGAUGGGUUGAGGCUGUGCAACCGUGGAUGCCAGGCAGUGGUAACGAGGCCGAGAAUGAGACACCAGACUGGACUGCGAGAUCUAAAGCACUUGAGUUUCUAUCCAGAACCUUGGAUUUCUUAAGCAAGGAUGUUCUGAAGCCUAGUCAAGUCAAACUACUUGUCAGUUUCUUCGGAGCAAUGUUCGAGGUUGACCAUAAAGCUGGCAUCUUACCUUCUGCGACCGCUCUAUCCAGAAUAGUCGCUAUGAAGUCCUUCCAACGUCACAUGGGGCACGACAUUAUCCAGAAGAUUUGCUCUCUAAAGGACGACUUCCCACGUCAAGUUUCCAAAACUCGACUUGAGAUCUACGAGCUUAUUCGAUUACUCAUGACGACCCCUGGUGUAUCAAGCGACCUGCAGAACACACACGGCUCAUCUGCUGGCUUCAUGCUCGACUUGAUACAACUCUGCCGAAGCGAGCGAGACCCUGAAUGUUUGAUGGUGUGGUUUGACAUUUUGAGAUUGUUCAUGGCGGAGUAUACAGUCUCACAAGAUGUCUUGGAGGAAGCUUACGGCGUCUUUAAGCCAUAUUUCCCUAUUUCACUUCCGAGGGCAUCUCAGGUUUCCAUCACUCCUGAAGAGUUGAAGCUACAGCUACGAAAAUGCUUUUCGGCCAACCACUUAUUAGCAGAUAAAGUCUUCACAUUCCUGUUAGGUAAGCUGGAUCAGGGUGAUGCUGUAACUGUUAACGUCAAGAUCGACAUUCUCAAAACUGUGCAAGCCUGUCUUGAUACAUACAGCCAUCCUCAGAAAUCAAUUGCUCCCUAUGCCAAUCAAAUCUGGGGCAGCUUAAAGUACGAGGUACGGAAUGGAGAAAUCGAAGAUACUAUCUGGGGUACCUUGGAAGUCCUUAAGUCUCUCACGCGAAGGCUCACAGGGGAUAACCUCCGCGAUUACACACUCUCUGUUACUCGAGACUGCGUCCCUGAUCUUGCCACAAGCAUGUACGCCGCGUCUGCUGGUCGACUCGUGGUUAGUGUCUUGAGCUCUAAGCCAAGCGCAUUCGUCUUGAUGGCCGCCCCUGUUCUCACGCAUAUCAAGGAGAACCUACGACAUCCAAAGGCGCCUGUACAUAGUCAGGACCUUCUCAAAGUCUUACACGUCAUUUUGGAAACCCGACUCCUACUUGCCGACUCGGAUAUGUCCGCCGAGGAGCGAGAGGAUUUUGCUGCCAUUGACAGCUUCUUCAAGUCUCUUUACGUGGAUGUUUACAAAAACACAGUCAAGCUUGGCUCUAAAACUGAUGCUUCGUAUGAUGAUAUCAAGGUAGCUUCUCAAGCCGUCCAGGGUGCUGGAGCCUUGGUGUGUCAAAGACCUGCCAAAUCAUCAGAUUUGUCGAGUAAUGGUGCGAGCGCUACAUCCGCACGAUUACUCCCUGAAGACAUAUGCUCAGAAAUUUGCGAAUCUCUUUUCGUUAUCCUUCAGAAAUCAUGCCCAGGGCAUCCGCGAUCACUUGGAGGCGAUGAACUGAUUAAUGAUACCGCCAAGGCACUCCAACGAGCUGUUCGCUUGUUUCCCCAUGGCUUCAACGGCCUAGUUGAUGAGAGCAUGAACAUCAUUCGCUCUAGUCGUCAGAACUCUGAAGCAGCGGAAGCAUCAGAGACAGUGACAACUCUCGGUGGGCUUAUCGGAUUUAUUGGUUCUUCAGAAUUGCCCUCCUCGCCUAGAAGUGGGUUUGAUCACUUUUACUACUCCGCAAGGGCUUUAUCAUCAGAAUUGUUUGAUGCUAUUGAGGCGAAGUCAGACUCUCAGAUCUGGUGUGCUUUGAUAGCUACCAUUCAAUCUAUAGCUCGAUAUUUUAACGAUGCCUGUCUGGCAACGGACCCAGACAAAAACCCCACCUUGGAGGAUGAACCUCUUCAAAAGAUUGGUGCUACGUACACAGAUUUAAACCAGCUUGGCAAUGAGAAGCAGGCUGGGGGGUCCUCUCUCGAAUACCGUAGCCGAGUUUCUCAGACAGCAUCGGUUGCUGAGAUCAGGAACGAAUUCCUCCUGGUAACCCUAUUUAUUUGCAAGCAACUUUACCGCCGUGCAACUAAGGUUAUCGAGACACACCCCCAAACAGGCCAACAGGCUCUCAGUCUAAGUGAUGACUUUGCCAACAUUGAUCAAGCCUCUGGACAUCAGUAUCUUCAUCUCAUCUCGACACUAGCAGGUUUCGUUAUCCACGAAUUCAAUGAGUCCCAGCAAACGUUACUUAAAGCGGAACGUUUUGCGAUUACCCUUUUCCGGGACGAUUCCGUUACUAUCCCUCAGGAAACAACCAAGGAGCAAACCGUGUUGGAGAAUAGCUCGUCUUGGAGCUGGCUAUCAUCAGAAGCACCCAAUGUCCUAUCUCUAGGUAUACUGCAGGCUUUGCAGCCGUCAGCAGUAGCACGCCUGUUUGACAACGGAGUUGCUCAGGAGUUGAUCCUCAGCGGAUUCGCCGCAGAUACAAACUUCAGCAGACCAGUGACUCUUUCAAUCCUCACUAUUCUGGCCAAUAAGUACAAAAUCGAGACUCUGCCAAAUCUUAUAGCAGCACUUGAACAACGCACUGCAAACUUGCUAUCGGCAUCUGAAACCGGAAAUGAUGGUCUACGUUUAGAACAAAUCACUUCUAUCUAUGCCCUUGUUGCAGGAAUGGUGAGGCGAUACAGCGGCAAGGAAGCCAAGGCACUACUUGAUUUUGUUAAGCAGUCGCCAAAGGAUGCUGAGCUUGGUUCUGAACUCGCUCGUCGGCUUGAAAUGGCCGUGGCCCCUCAGCAACCACUGAGCAAAGAAAACUACGCUGUCGUCAAGCCUCUCUGGACACAAAAGGUCUACUUCCAACUCGCGAGCCCAAUGCUACAGGCCGCUACGGGAAAGGACGCCAAUGUUCAGGACCAGCAAGUCAAGGCGCGCUACAGCACCGCUGUCUUACUCAUGGUAAAACAUAUGGGCUUCCCUAUCUACGAGGCGGAUGCAGACGAUAUCCUCCGAAUCUCCAUUGCUGUUGCGCAAAAUAGCGGCAUUGGCCCUGAGACAAAGGCAGCCCUGGACGUGAUUAAGAAUACACUUGCAGAAGCCUCCGAGAAGGGCAAAGGUCACAUCCGAAGCAUCAUCAAGAUCUGUAGCAGCGUCUUCUCACAUAGGGCCCCUUCCGCGACUGACGACAUAGAGACAGAGGGUGCUUGUGGAAAGCUUGCGCUGGAGAUCGUGGGAAGUCUGCCUCCCACGUACGACUCACAGCACUUGAUACCACAUGCGCCCCAGGUACAGAGGCAAUUAACACUGGUUUGUGGACAUAGAGUCCGAGAAGUGAGAAAGACAGCGCGGCUGGCUAGAGCGGCCUGGGCUGAUCUCAAGUGA